UGUGUGUGUGUGUGGGGGGGGGAGACAGAAAUCGAGAGAACCGCGCACGCGCCUUAUUAUUCCACAGGCAUGAGCGGCGUCUGGCGGCUCUUGCGCUCGCUGAAGCUCCGGGUUUUCGGGCCAGCGAAAGAGUAUGUCGGCGCAGACCCCCAGGGCAACAAGUACUACCGUGUCCCGAAGCACGAAACCUGGGCAGGUCAGCUCAUUAAAGAGAGAAGAUUUGUAGAAGCUUUUGGUAUAAAAGAACACCAGUAUGAAGCGGGGGACAUACCCACAGAAUGGGAAGCUUGGAUUAGGAAAAAAAGAAAAGAUCCACCCACAUUUGAGGAAAUUCUUAAGAAUGAGGAUUAUAAAGAAGAAAUGAAGAAUAAGAUUAAAGAUAUUUAUGAAAAGGACAGACUCCUGCAGUUGAAAGAGUACAAAGAGGGGCUUGUAGCAGAACCACUUCAAACUCAGAUUAAAGGUCAUGCGUCAGCCCCUCAAUUUGGAAAGAAUGAGCCAUCUGAAGAUCCAGUCAGUACAGCGAACACUUUUCAGCCUGGAUCCUGGAUGCCCCCCAAGGACAGUAUCCGUAAUAAGUAAGGGGCCCGUUGCCAAAGCAUCAGAAAUUAGAUGAACAAUUAUGUUAAUAAGCAAAAGAGUAGAAUGUUGUUUUCUUGAUAAUCGUUGAACUAUGAUAUUAUGCACACAGUAAAUAUAUACACUUGAAAAUUCAGCAGCAUUUUUAGAAAUGAUAGCUCAGAUUCCAAACACUGAAGCUUCUUUACAUUACUAGUGGAAUUGAUUUCAUGGAAAUAGACAAAGCUACUGGUAUUAAGUUGUAAAAACAUUAAAUGUUUACCUUCUAGAAUUCA